AUGAAUCCUAACGAUAAACCGAAUCCUGAAUCAUUUGCGCAAUAUCUGCAGUCCAUGGUUAAACUGGAUUCUUUGGAAAAAAUGACUGCUGAUUUAGACAGGGAAUUAGCGGAUUCACAAAACAUAAUGAGAGAAAUCAAAACACUUUUCGAUAGCAUUCCAAACACUCAGCAUCAGUAUCAAUUUAAAAGGUCGCAGCACGAAGAACUUGCUAGAUUUGUUGAAGCUGGUGCUCCCAAACUACUUUUGCCAGAUAUGGUACAAACAAACAUAGUGGACAUUGAUAAUAUUGUAGCUUCUAUGAAAACCUAUGCUGAAGAACUCAGAAAAAGUUUAAAUGAAAAAGAAUGCCAUACAAAUUUCAAAUCAGUAACCAUAGAAAAAUUGGACUUAACUCCCUAUGCUGUUAGUCUUGAUAAAUUGAGCAAGAGUCUUGCUAAUGUGAAAAUUUCCACUGAUGCAAGUGGAAGAAGCGCAGAAUUGGAAGGAAAACUAUGUCAACUGUGCGAGGAUGUCACUUUGUUUACACAGAUGGUACAGGUAAAUGGCAGAUUAGGAGAAAUCAUUCAGAAUUGUAGCAAUCCAUCCAACAAUCCUGUGGCUCCAUAUGACAACCUUAUUAAUAAAUUACUCGCUGACAUUAAUGAAGUUACAUACUUGCUAAAAAAUAACUAG